CGCAUUACUUUUUUAUCGCGCAAGGCACGAUGUCAUAUUCUUUCUGACGCGUGUGCAAGAACCGUAAGUUAUUUAACUACGCAUAUUGCGCUGCUCAAUUUGUAUCUUACUUGACAUCGACUGCUCCUCAUCUUACAUCGAGUUACAUCUAAUUUUAUCAUUCAAAUAUCCAGCAGAGCGUGUUAUCUUCCACGAAGUUUCAGUCAUAACCAGUCUACAGAAAGAUCACGAUGGAUCAUAAGACAGAUAAAGAGAAAAUUAAAAAAGUACAUUGGCCUCAAUGGAUUGCCGGUAUCGGAGUCAAUCUUCUACAGCUGCAGAUGGGACUAAUAUCAGUCUGGAGCUCACCGUACAUCGCAUAUCUGACUUCAUCCGAAUCUCACAUCCCCAUAACAAUGGACGAGGCUUCCUGGGUAGUUUCUCUACUGAACCUAGGCAGGCUAAUUGGCGCCGUUUCUGGUUCUGUUGGCGUUAACUAUCUCGGCACUAAAACAACGAUCUUCGUGACGAGUUUGCCAAUAACUCUCUGUUGGCUCCUUAUAAUUGUGGCUAAUCGAGUGGAAUGGCUGUACGCAGCCAGGUUACUAGCUGGCAUCAGUCUAGGAAAGAUGUACAGCUGCUUUUCGCUUUACUUAGGCGAGAUCGCGGAUCCUAACAUUCGCGGAGCUCUAGUUGUAUUAGGUAUAAGCGGAUUAUCGAUAGGCAAUCUAGCGAUGAGCAUAAUGGGCGCGUAUUUAAGGAUGGACGUGAGUGCUACCAUAUGCUUCAUUCUUUGCUUCGUAUUGAUAAUCAUCUUCAUUUGGCUGCCGGAAUCACCGCAUCAUUUCGUCAAGAUGAAUAACGACGCUAAAGCGCGAACCUCGAUACUGUGGUACCACCGUGAUUGCGAUGUGGAAUCGGAGUUGCAAGCACUGAAGCUCUUUCACGAAAAGAACAAAAGCCUGCCCCUCGUGGACGUUAUGAGGGAAUUCAAAAUUCCAUAUAUUUGGAAAGCGCAGAUACUCGUCUCUCUGCUCUUCAUGUACCUUCAGUUGUGCGGCCUAAACAACGUGUUAUUCUACAUGGAGACCAUCCUGCGAAACGCCAAAGUGACCGUCAUGGAGCCGUCGGUGAUCGUAAUUAUCGUCACGGCUACCGGGAUCGUCGGCUGCAUGCUCUCCAUGUUCCUGAUAGACAGGUUCGGCAGGCGAAACUUAAUGAUCGUCUCCACUCUGGCCGUCACGAUCUCGUUAAGCUGCGUGGGAGUGGUGUAUCAGCUUCUCGACGCAGGCUUUGACUCCGUCGAACUUCAGGCCCUACCGAUUUUCUCGGUGUUGCUCUUCCAGAUAGCUCUAUACAUCGGCAUCAUUUCGAUACCCAACACGGUACUGGGCGAGAUCUUUCCACCGCAUGUUAAGUGCGUGGCCGGCUGCUUCGCCAGCAUCGUCGGCGCGAUAUCCUCCUUCAUCUCCACGUCGACGUAUCAGCCUCUCAUCAAUUUGCUCACGGAAAAAUAUCUGUUUUUCGUGUACGCCUUGGUCCUGGUAACUGCCGUGCCGUACACCUACUUCUGCAUGCCCGAGACUAAAGGCAAGUCGUUGCAGCAGAUUCAAGAAGAGCUGGACAAAAGAACUGAACAGAAAAGUUGAGUCGGCUCGAAUAAAUUUAGCGAAUUAUCUUGAUGAUCGGUUUACACGUGCUAGAACAACUCGUUUUCUUGCAUUUAUUACAGAAAGUUUUUCAUAGUCAGUUACGUCGAUGUUAGUGUGAGUAAUGUUGCUGAGGCCAAUAAUUAUCUAAUCAAUUGCAAUCGUAAAGCAAUAUUUAUCUAAGCAAAACUAGAUUAUUUAAAUAUUCGCGGAACAAAAACCAGCUGGAUUGAUGAAAAACAUCUGAUGAAUAUGUAUUAAAAUAUUUACUCACUUCUAUUCAUUGUAUAUUAUCUUUGCACAUGCAUUAAACUGUAAGAAUAAUUUAA